AUGCAAAGUGCCCAGCCCCAUAACGUUCUCCUAACCGGGGCCUCUGGUUACCUCGGAGGUAGCCUGUUUGCUGGGUUGAAAAGUUCCGGCUUGAGCGGCUGUGACAAGAUCUACGCAUUGAUUCGAUCAGAUGUCCAUAAGGAAGCAGUCCAACAAUACGGCGCUGAGCCCUUGAGCGUGUCCUUGACGGAUGCCAAGGCAGUCAGAGAUGUGGUUAUGCAGAACAAGAUAUCUGUGGUGUUCUAUUUGAUCGACGUUUUCGAAUCGACCGCUCAAAAGAACCUAAUCAAAGCCUUGGGCGACUUGAGGCAGACCACUGGGCAAGAUGUGCAUUUUCUUCACACAUCUGGCGCAAAGAUCUUUUCCAGUGACGCUGGCGCUCCGACAGACAGAAAGCUUUUUGACAUUGACCCCAACCUCUAUGACAUUCACAAAAAGUAA